AUGUGUGUCUUUGUAGGCAUGAUCCUGGCUUCUGUGACCCUGGCCAGUGCCCUACAAGUAAAGGGCAAAGCUCUGUCUGAAGAGGAAAUCUGGUCCCUCUUGUCCCUGGCUGCUGAGCGGCUCCUGGAAGACCUUUGUGAUGAUUCUUCGGACUAUGUGAUCUGUCCCUGGUCAGCUUUGCUUUCUGUGACUGGAAGCCUUUCUUUCCAAGACCAUAUUUCUUAUAUAGAGGCUGCUCCUUUCAAGGCCCCUGAACUGCUGCAAGGACACAGUGACAGUGAGCAGCCUGAUGCCUCUCAGAUGCAUGUCUAUUCUUUAGGAAUGACCCUCUACUGGUCAGCAGGGUUCCAUGUUCCACCCACUCAGCCUCUGCAGCUCCGAGAGCCCUUGCACACUGUGCUGCUGAACAUGUGUGAAGACCAGCCUCACAGGCGGCUGCCACUGCUGUCAGUACUGGAAGCUUGUCGGGUUCAUCGGGAAGAAGUGGCUAUAUAUCCAGCCUCUGCCAACCUCCAUGUCAGACAUCUGGUCGGCUUGGUUCUGGGCACCAUCUCUGAGGUGGAGAGGGCUGUUAUGGAAGAGCGCUCCCCUGUGCAUCAGGACAGAAGUCACCUGCUCAGGAAUAGGCUGCACGAGGCGAGCUGUAAGAGCCCAGCUCUAUGGGCCCUGAUGGGUCUGCAUCCCUGGGGAGAGAGAAGCACAAAGACCCAGAGCUCCUUGGAGCCAUGCCCCAGCACCUCAGCACAUGGUCCCUGCAGCCUCUCUGUUAGCAGUGCUCUUCCAGUUGAAGUUCCCCAGGACCUGCAGGAAGGCCAGCUGCUCGGCUCUGGAUCUGGAUCUGCUCUCUCUCUGGCAGUAGAAAACUCUCUGUCUGCAACUCCAUUUCAAAGGAACUUUCUGCAAAGAAAGGGAAAGUUCUCUAGACCAGAGUUUGUCCUGCUGGCAGGAGAGGCCCCAGUGACUUUGCAUCUGCCUGGAUCAAUUGUGACCAAAAUUAGGAAAUCCUAUUUGGCUCUCAGGAACCUCUAUGUGGUUCUGCUGAAUGGGCAGUGUCUGGAGGUGAAAUGUGACAUCACAUCGACAGUAGGAGCAGUCUUCAAUGCCAUCAUGUCUGUCGCCAACCUUGGGGAACCCACCUACUUUGGACUGGCUUACAUGAAAGGCCAAGAGUUCUUUUUCUUGGACAACGAAACCAGGUUGGGCAAAAUAGCCCCCGAAGGCUGGAGUGAGAAACCCCAGAAGAAGGCCUCCUUGGAUACCUUCACACUCUUUCUGAGGAUAAAGUUCUUUGUCAGUCACUGUGAGCUGCUCCAGCAGAGCCAGACAAGACAUCAGUAUUACCUACAGCUUCGGAAAGACAUCCUGGCAGACAUGCUAUACUGCAACAAUGAGACGCUGCUGCAGCUGGGGGUCCUUGCCUUGCAGGCUGAGUUUGGCAGUUACCCUGAGGAGCCAGUAGAAAACAGAGCUUAUUUUCGAGUUGAAGAUUACAUCCCAGCAAGUCUGAUUGAGAGAAUGACUGCCCUUCGGGUGCAAGUCCAGAUCUCAGAGAUGCACCGUCUCAGUCCUGUGCUCUGGGGAGAAGAUGCCGAGCUGGAGUUCUUGAGGGUCACACAGCAGCUCCCAGAAUAUGGUGUGCUGGUUCACCGAGUUCUCCCAGAGAAGACCAGGCCAGAAUGGGAGAUAGCCUUGGGGAUCUGCGCCAAGGGUGUAAUAGUAUAUGAAACGAAAAAUGACAGCAGAAUCGCAACCUUAUAUUUUCAGUGGAGAGAAAUUAGGAAGAUUUCAACUUAUCGAAAGAAGCUCAUCAUCACAAGCAGCAUCACGGGAAAAAAGCACUCAUUUGUCACGGAUUCUACCAAAACUUGUAAAUAUUUACUGGGCCUCUGUUCUGCCCAAUACCUGUUUAAUGCUCAGACAAGCUCUCCCCAAGUUGCAACUGACUAUGAUAAGUGUGUGCAAAUGGCCGAUUUGAGUCGUGCACAACAGGCCCAACCCAAGCCUCUCACUUGGAUUCAGAGAUUGUCAUGCACAGAAAAUGCACUGUUUGAACCGAGGUUGGAGGACACCACAGGAGGCCUUCUGUGCAUGUCACUGGAUAACGUGCAAACUGGCAAAGAGACAGGGGCAGAAGGAAUGAGAGGCAGCCCAUGCAUUGGCCGGGAGCAGUUGGAGAGUAUCUCUUUGAUCCAGAAGCCAAAGACUUGUCACCCUGUCUCUGAGCCACCUAUUCAGAGGUCACAAAAUAACAGGAGGAAGAGCUUUUCAGCCAAAGCCAGUCAAGAAAUUGUGCAAGUGACACUGAACCAGGAUCCAAGUUGUGGUUUUGACAGCCUGAGCAAUGGGCACCAGGAAAGUUUUCUGUCACACACAAGAGACCAUGAGAGAAACAGUGAAGAACUUGAAAUGGCUGGGACUCAGAGUUUAAUGCCCAGGUCGGGGCCUCAGGUCUCCUUUCUGCCAUUAAAGGGUCCUGGGUCUUGUCCUCCAGCACCUUCAGAAACUAAUGCCAGUGAAAUCUACUUUGUAGAACUGGUUAAAGAAGAUGACACACUUGGAUUCAGCGUGACUGGUGGCAUUAACACAAGUGUGCUCCAUGGUGGUAUCUAUGUGAAAUCCAUUGUUCCUGGAGGGCCGGCUGCCAAGGAAGGGCAGAUCCUGCAGGGUGACCAGCUCUUGCAGGUGGAUGGAGUGAGUCUGUGUGGCCUCACCCACAAGCAGGCCGUGCAGUGCCUCAAGGGUUCUGGACAGGUUGCAAGACUGGUCUUACAGAGGAGAGGCCCCAGGACUGCACAGCAGUGUCCUGCUAAUGACAGGAUAGGAGAUGAAUGCACAACUGUUUCCUUGGCAACAGCCUUGCCUGGCAGGCCCCUGAGCUGUGUCUCAGCGACAGAUGGUCCUAAGUUUGAAGUCAAACUGAGAAAGAAUGCCAGUGGCCUGGGAUUCAGCUUUGUGCAGAUGGAGAGAGAAAGCUGUGGCCAUCUCAAGAACCAUCUUGUGAGAAUCAAAAGGCUCUUCCCAGGGCAGCCAGCUGAGGAGAAUGGGGCCAUCGCAGCUGGUGACAUCAUCCUGGCUGUGAACGGAAGGCCUACAGAAGGCCUCGUCUUCCAGGAAGUGCUGCAUUUACUUCGGGGGACCCCACAGGAAGUCACACUGCUACUCUGCAGACCUCCUCCAGGUGCACUGCCUGAAAUAGACCAGGGAUGGCAGACACCCGUGCUCUCAGCAGACAAAGAAUUCAACAGGGCAACAUGCACUGAUUCAGAGCGGAGCUCCAGCCUGGAUCAAGAAGACAGCCAAAGGGGCUGUGCCAUUCCAGGCACAGGGGAGGGCCUGGGUCACAGGCCACAGUCUUGCCAAAAGGCUACCAGAGAAGCACAAUGGGAUCAAGAGCCAGAGAGACCCUGGACCACUUAUCUGAUGCAUCCUCAGGAUCCCCACCCUCACUUAUGCAAAUUUCGAGAAAUGGAUGCAUUAGCAUUGGCUACCUCUUUGGAAAAGGAUAUGAGGCAAAACUGCUACUCAGUUUGCGAUAUCAGGAGACUUGACAGUCCUGAGUUGAACAGGGAUGUUGAGGAAGCUGACAUGUGCCAUCCACUUGAAGCCCCUUCACCUACCAUGGCAGCCGAAGCAUAUCUUACCAUUUAUUCUACAACAGAAGGCCAACUACCUUGUGGAGAAUGUUUGGAGGCAGAUUCAGCGACCAUUCCUUUGCCACAGUUCUGCUCCUGGGGUUAUUUCUCAAAGUCUUUGCCUCCAGAAGAGUCCCAUGAUAAUGAGAGUGAAUGGGAAGACCUAGAGGAGGCCAUGGAUGCAGAUGAUGAUGUCCUCAGGUUUGUCUGA